AUGUAUGCAAAGGCGGCGCGACCGCGACAAUUAGGCUACGAUGUGCGAUCCACGGCCGAGGUCGUGUCUCCGGCUCGUCACGCUGAAUUGCGAUCGGCAAUUAGUGCGGCGCCGGUGCGUUCGCCGAUCACGACCGCAUCUAAUAUGCCCGAGAUGCGUCGCGGAGGCGCCGUGAAUGCCAAGGGACGCUGCGCGCCGAUUCGCCGCCAGAUUCCCCUACUAGGAGAGAUC